AUGGGUCGACGAGUAUACGUAGUGUCAGGAGAACGUGAAGCAUAUCUACAACAACUGCACGAAAAUCCGCGAAUUUCCUUUCGCGACAGGACUCGCUAUGUUAUUUUAACAAUUUCAAUAAUAUGCCUGGCGUGGUUAAUGGGCAAUUCAUUGAUAUUGAAUUUCACAAUUAUUUGUAUGCGAGAAGAAGUUUCAACCGGAAAUGAUUCUGCAGCUAAUGCAACAACUCGUUCGGAGCAGCAAGGCGGCGGUGCUAGGUACCCAUAUUCGAAUAAACAAAUUGGGUUAUUAUUUUCGGCCAUUGCAAUUGGCUCUUUAAUUGGUACCUAUCCUGUGGUAUUGCUAGAAACAAGACUUAGCCGCAGGAAUUUAUUAACAUUAUUUGGCCUUAUAUCAGCGGUUUCGACCUUGUUGAUACCAACAGCUGCAUCGAUUGGUUUUUGGUUAUUGUUCGCCAUGAGAUUCCUAGAGGUACUCUCCGCAACCUAA